AUGGCGGGGUGUAUCAGCUUCACCGCCACGCGCGAUCGGUGCUUCCGCUUCUCCUUCUCCAACGCGGGUCUCAAAUCUGCCACCACAGACCUGGGCCAGGGCACCAUCAUGCACUGCUGGGUCCCCAAGGCCCCCAAAGACUCCAAGCCCAACCUCCUCCUCCUCCACGGCUUCGGUGCAAACGCAAUGUGGCAGUGGAACGACUUCCUCCCCCCUCUCACGCGCCGCUUCAACGUCUACGUCCCCGACCUCCUCUUCUUCGGCGACUCCCACACGGCCAGCCCCGAACGCUCUGAGGCCUUCCAGGCCCGCUGCGUCGCUGACCUCCUUCAGGCUCACAACGUCCGGACAACCAGCGUGGUGGGGAUCAGCUACGGCGGCUUCGUCGCCUACAGCCUCGCCGCGCAAUUCCCCGAGCGCGUGGAGAAGGUGGUGCUGUGCUGCGCCGGGGUGUGCUUCGAAGAGAAGGACUUGGAUGAAGGAAUGUUCCAGGUGAAGAGCGUGGAAGAGGCUGCCAACAUUUUGAUGCCUCAGACGCCGGAAAAGUUGAGGCAGCUCGUGCGCCUCGCGUUUGCCAAGCCCGCCAAAACCAUGCCAACGUGCUUCCUCACUGAUUACAUAAACGUGAUGUGUACUGAAAAUAUCCAAGAGAGGAAAGAACUAAUCGAAGCAUUGCAUAAGGAUAGAAAACUGUCUAAUCUUCCUAAGAUAACUCAGCCAACGCUAAUAAUCUGGGGAGAAAAGGACUUGGUAUUCCCAAUAGAACUAGCACACAGACUAAAAAGGCAUCUGGGAGAGAACGCAGAACUAGUGGUUAUUAACAAUGCAGGACAUGCUGUGAAUGUAGAGAAGACCAAGGAGAUGUACAAGCAUUUAAAAUCCUUCCUCAUUGAUUGCACUACUCCAACUGUGCAAAAAAACCACAGCAAUGGUCGCCAAGUGGAUUAG